ACGAAAUGCAAAUUCAAGAUGAUCUGCAGAUUGUCCGUCGUGGGAGUGACUGGUCCCUUGUUGGUGCAGUUGAUGUCGGGCCAUUAUGUAACAACAUAAACAUCCUCAUCAAGAAGAAAAAGAGUGUACAAAUGGCAACACAUGUCCUGCAAUUUGUAUUUCAUGGCUUGUAUGGCUUUAGAUGGCCAGUAGCUUAUUUUGGUACCAACCCAGGGUUGUCACAUCAAAUAUACUUCAACUUUUGGAAGAUUGUAGAGGCCUUGGGUGAUCACGACUUCAUCGUUGAUUAUGUCAUGCUGGAUGGAGCUUCCACUAAUAGGGCAUUUCAGACCAUGCUUCUUGGUACCAAACCAUCACUGUUACGACAAGACCUAUUUCAGACAACGAAUAUCUUUGAUCACCACCAAAUAUCCGUGUGUCAAGAUAUAAAACAUGUCUUCAAAAAGCUCAGAAAUGGCCUGGAGUCCAGCAAACUAAACUUCAAGUCUUCAAAAGGACGUUACCUUCUGCUUAACACCGAGCACAUCAUCUGGGAACACUGGGAAGGGGCCUUUAGAUUCAAUGUCCAAAAUGGACUACGGGUACAUUAUAAACUAACCACAGAACAUAUUGAACUAACAGCAGCCAACAAGAUGCGGAAUAAGUUAGCUACAGAUGUACUGGACAAGAACAUGCUGUACCUGAUGCAGUUGUAUCAGAGGUCUCUUCCUGAUGGUGAUUCUCUUAACAGUACUAUUGAGCUAUUGAAGAUUACCAGCCCCCUUGUGGAUUUGUUUCAUGAUACAACACGGCACGUCAAAAGCCUUCAUGACGAGAGACUAACACAUGUCCGACAAGCCUUAAAGUUCUUCAAUGGGUGGGAAGAUCAGAUUACAAGUUCUACUCAACAUCCAAAUCAGAAACACCUCUUAACAAGAGAGACAAGAGAUGACUUUAACUCCUCCUUGGUUGGCUUCAUAUCUGUGUGUGAAAAUCUGAUACCAAAUGGCGCUACCAUUAAUCCAGGCUAUUUCAAUUCAGACUUGGUGGAGAAUUUCUUUUGCCAACAGCGAGGUGUGUGCCAUGGCUUGAACAAUAAUCCAACCCUGUCUCAAUAUGGCCCUGCUGUGAAUGCUGUCUGUAUAGGCCAAAGUACAGUGUCCAACAAAUGUAACAGUGGAUCAAAAUCACACAUGUUUCGAGCUACAACACCUGGGCCUUUACGGCCGUCUAAGAAGAGAAAAAUGUGCUCAAAGACCAACUGACUCAUUUCAAGCUGAAACUUCAUGCUGCAGUUAUGUAUUGUUCUGAUUUCUGCAUGAAUAAAGACAAUUAUUUACAGAAGCUUCAAGGAAAACGUGCAAAUGCCAUCAGGUUGCAAUGUGAACAAAAAACUGUACCAAUUAUGUGACAAGAUCAGACUGGAAAGGAGAAAUUGUGGUAAAAUUCAGCCAAAAACAUGUUCAAAUUGGCAGAUAUUGCCCGACUUUAAAGCUAAAGUUAGCCCUGUCAGAUAAUUUUCAAGUAUACUCUUACACUAAAGUUCACCAAUUUCUCACUCUUUAUCUAUUGCAUUUAUCAUAGUUCCAAAAUCAUUGUUGGUGUGGGAAUGUUUUUAAGGAGGUCUACUUUGGGAGCAUCGAAGCUCCACCUGGAAGCCUCCAUGUUCCAGUCAUAAACAGUCUUGGACAUAGCAUUAUCUGCAGAUAUUUCCUGAUUAUGCCUUAAAAAAGCAAGUGAAGGUUUGAAAUGGGAAUCCAGCAUAAAGCAGUAAGUAUGGGUGACACUACAAUCAUGAAUUGGCCAUGAUUAUUUUGCAAUAUGGGCUAUAAAAAGGGAAACUACAUGAAAUUUAACAAAACAGGAAGUGACAAUCAGUGGUGAAAGUGGAAGUGUGGACACUUCCAAAGUUAACCGUUUAAUCAUUCCCACACCAACACUGAGUUUGGAACUAUGAUAAAAAUAAUUGAAACAGAGAGAAAAAUGGUUAAUAUUUAAUUUAAGAGUAUGCUUGGUUACUUGAAAAUUGUCUGAUUGUACCAACUUUGGCUGUGAACCUGGCCAAUUUGGGGCAUUUUAGGCUAAUAUUUUACCACAUUUUCUCCUAUGGAUACAUCUACGGUAGUCACAUAAUUGGCAAAAUUUUAUGUCUACAAUGCAACCAGAUGACAUUUGCCUGGUUGAUCAUGUUUCUGUAAAUACCUGUCUUUAAUCAUGCAGAAAUCACAAAGAUUGGGCCUUACUGGAAAAGAUUUGAACUGGGAGCGUGGAGGCUCCAGAUUUGUGGGAGCCUCCACAAUCUAAUCUCUGACUGUUAAACCCAGUGGCACAAAGUGCUCGGACAAUUAUAAGGUUGAUCAUGAAAAGAAAAUGGUUGUAAUUAUUAUCAUGAAUACUCACCUACCACAAUGAUAUAGACAUUGGUACCAACCAAAUUAUUGUUUACUCUAUGAUAUGCCACAUGCAAGUGUAUAGUCUUAUAUUGGUUUGUGAACAGUUUUUUUGUGUUAUGUUGAUAACUUGUUUAUUGCUAUCUUCAUGAUCUGAAUCACAUGAUUGAGAUUGUGGA